AUUCCUAAUACUGAGAUGUCCCAGUCGCUAGUCACUUUACUUUGCCAGUCCAUCUGAAUGUAUCGCUACAUUAUGCGCUCGUAAACAUCUCGGGAAUCCAACGGAUCAGCGAAUAAUUCAUACGAAACUACAAGAACAUUGAGAUUAGAAACAUUACACUGCCUGUAGAUAGACGGCCUGCAUCGAGAAACACUGCAACAUACCUCAACAUAAUUGAUCAAAUACGGCGUUUUAACUCGAUCUCUAGAUUCCGUGCCAGAUUUUCUAGAACACAUAUGCAUAUUGAUAUUCAUAUAGGAAAAUCAAAAAGGAUAAUCACCAAGAUGAUUUAGGAUUGCAUAUUGAUAGCUUAUAGUUAACAGGGAAUAUUCCGACCAGAUUUGGAUGUUCAAAAGGAACGUGAAUAUCAUAAUUAAUUGUACUUUAGUAAGCAGAUAGGCGAGAGGAGUGGGAAAAACGACGACCCAGGCGCUGUUAUCGCCGAAGAUGCAGCGUAGCAAGGGUGCCCUGGCACGGAGUCGGAGUAUAGACCACCAACUAGACGAAGAACGGGAAUUACGGCAGAAGGAAAUUCAAUUGCUCAUUUUAGGAGGUGCUAGCUCUGGCAAGAGUACGUUCAUCAAACAGUUACGCAUCCACCAUGGAGAUGGCUUCCCCAGUAGGGAGAGGGCCACCUUGAGGCCUCAUGUACACGAGAACAUCGUCGAAGGAAUCCAUACAGUCACAGAACACUUGCCACAAUUCAAUAUCACACUACAAUCACCAUCCACACAGAACUACCUAAUUGAGUUUAAAAAGAAACUGCCUCGAAUCAACCAUUUCCACCACCCUGUCCACGAAAACGGCUCGGACGGCUCGCCCAUCUUAGAGCGACCAGCUUCCCCCGUCAGUCCAAUGGUUCCACGUGUUAAAGAGAUGCCUAACAGUAUGAUAGAAAUUAUUCGAGACUCUGGGUUCCAGAAAUGUCUUGCUGAACAUAAAACGUUUGAAAGGCAGCUCACAGUUGCAGAAAAACAUUUCCUAGACAAUAUUGAGAGAGUUGUGAGUAAAGGCUACAUUCCGACUCUACAGGACAUACUCUACAUAAGGAAACCAACAACUGGUGUACAAGAACACACUUUUCACGUUAAUGGACUCAACUAUAGGGUCAUAGAUGUCGCUGGCCAACGGAGCCAGAGGAAAAAGUGGAUACAUUUCUUUGACGGAGUGACAGCCGUCAUUUUCUUUGCUUCUUUAAGUGGCUUCAAUGAGGCCUUAGAGGAAGAGCACAGUAUUAACAACCUGAGAGAUAGUCUAAUUACGUUUCAAGAUUUGUCAACUAAUUCAUUCCUAGAAAAAACAGAUUUCAUUCUGUUUUUGAACAAAGAGGAUCUGUUCAAAGAAAAGAUGCAGACGGUACAGUUAAAAGACACAUUUUCAGAAUUUAAAGGUGAAAAUACACCAGAAGCUGGGUUAAGCUUCAUCAAACAGGAAUUUAUGCGACUCAAGAGAUCCUCUAAGCAGGUUUACACACACGUUACGACGGCUACAAAUAUGGAUGUAAUGAAAACUAUAAUCCGGGAUGUACUGCAAAUUAUUGUCGAGAUUAACCUUAAAAAGACUACAGUAUUUUAGGAUUAAUAUCAUUCAUAUGACAACAUACAUACUGUACUUGCUAUAAAUAAUGCUUCAUGUUAGCCUUCAAGUUGGAGUCGUUAAGGAUGUGCUACAUUAGUAAAAUAAAAACUAGAUUGAUAUUAUUAUGUAUAAUAUAAGCGUUGGGGGAGCAAGGGAAUUAAUCAUACCGUAUUCGAAUAAUAGAACUAUCACGAUACGGACUAUAAUUCCCAUAGCAACGAGAAGCAUGGUGAUAAAAUAACGAGGAAGGUCGCCAUAACGACAACGCCAUAGCAACACGCAUUAUCCAAAGUAGCAACACACAAUAUUUAUAGCUGGUGUAUAAGUACAGUAUAGUGCAUUGCUUGAUGAAUUUGAUAACUUAUGUUGUCAUGGCAAUGUUGUAUAUACAACUGCAUUUGACGCUAAUAAAUUAGAUAUGAUAGAGGAGAUGCUGCCUGACAUUCAAUUGAUUUGUGCAUGGUUAGGGUGUUUCAUUUUCGGAACAUUUAUUCUGAUCAAGCUGCUCUUCAUUAUCAUAUGAUCUUCGACUGUGGUAGGGACCUU